CACUAUUUCUUUUGAACAGGCUAUUUUUGCUUCACACGGUUUCUCAACAACCUACUAGUAUGCAAAAUGAGGGUUUACAAAGAAUCGCGUUGUUUCGAAAGCCAUUCGCUCUGCUAGUCGCUCCUUUGGAAACCUGGGAUUUUCCAAAAGAGACAGAGAACUUCACUUUGAGUUUGGGAAUAGUUUGUGUUGGAAUAUUCGUCUACACGUGUUAAAAAGAACUUGCAUUGGUUGUGGUCUUGUUUGAGACAGCUGCUCACACGCGUUUUCGUUCGGUUUUUCACCGACGGUUUUUACUUUCUUGUUUCGCGUUAAAUUAUUAUCUUAAUGCCUCCUCUUCUGUUCGAACCAAGACCUACAGAAGUGAAAGUCGGAUGCGUAAAUCGACCCAACACUAUGUCGAGUUGUGGUAAAUGGAAAAUUGUUACUUCGUUUGAACUCGCCCAAAGAUUGAGUGAUGUUGGUACGAGUUCUUGUUCAUCGGAAAUUCUCAUUGUUGACUGCAGAUCUUUAGUAGCCUUCAACGGACUACACAUUAGAGGUGCUAUACAUGUGAAUUGCACUGGAAUAGGACGAAAAAGACUUUCACAAGGCAAAGCUAAACUAAAGGACUUAAUAUCUUCUGCCGAGGGCAAACAAAAGUUUAUCAGUGGUGGAGUGGGGACCUCGUUUGUAGUUUACGAUGAGCUGUCAACUGACCCUGAUGACUGUAAUCCUUGUCGACCGAUUUGCUUAGUUUUACAGACUCUUUUAAAAGAAGGAAAGAAUAUUUCAAUACUUAAAGGUAAGUUGGGUUUUAUUAGCACCAGUUUCUUACAUAACGCAAACGCAUAAGUACUGUAUUCGGUCAACCGCGAUUCUUAGCGCGCAUUUUGCGUACACUUUAUGUCAACAAAUGAGGGCGUCCGAUCGAGACGCGCGAUAGUUUUCCUUUGUACAAAUUAUAAUCUUCAGUUUCGUCUCCCUUGUCAGUUUUAGAUUUUAAUGCUUAAAAAGAGCCUGAAUUCGGUUUUUGUCGUGCUUAUGUUCAUGCGUAGUCGUUCGUUCGUAAACAGCUGUAACAUAAAGACAUGGUCACGUUUAAGUUAUUCUUUUGUCAAGAAAGCUUGUGUGACGCAAGUAAGGCUCAGAUACCGAAAAAGCAAUGGUCAUGCUUCGUGAUCAGUUUUGUUUGCUUGCACAGGAAAUAAUCUGACGUCGGCAUUUUUCGCUGCACGAAUUCCUAACUCUCACCACAAAACCUGUUUGUGUUGAGAGGUGAAAUUGAAAGUGUUUUAUUGGCUUUGUGGGCAACAGAUCAACCCUCGAGCAACUCCUAAUCUAUAUUCUGAACACUGACUCUUUCAUACGUUCAUUAUCAUAUUAUGUCAUACAAUCAUCCUCAUUCUGCAUUCUUUUUGUAGCAGAAAAGUUUUAAAAAAAUGACACAAAGAAGUUUAUAGUUGGAUGUCAGCAUUUAUACUGAAGAGCAACACAGAUUCUGUUUCAUUUCUGCUAUUUUUUCCUGGAUGCUAAGUAUUUUUUUAAGGAAUAAUUUUCACAGGAAUUUGUCUGGAUUGGGAUUAACAUCUGUAAGGAAUUUUGGUAUGAAAUGUGACUUAACACUGCUGUUAUGAAAAGCAUUUAAAACGCUUGCAGUCACAAAGAAUAGUAUUUAAAAGGUUUUAAUUUGCCCAAAUGUGGUAGUGCAUUGCAAACACAUUUCACACUGUCCUGAUAUCAAGCUAUUUCAAACUUCUUGGCUUUCGAAGAGAAUUCUUUUUGUAUGGUGUACUUUUACAAGUCUAUAUUGGAGCUAUCAUUGACAGUCAAUAACCAGAGAUUUUUCCAAACUAUUUUGGUUUGAGCAUGCCAGGAGAGUUAACUCUGUAAUGCCCAAUAUUCACAUGCAAAUUCUCCAUACUGAUCUCAGUACAUGUCAAACGAUCAAAACCUUCUCCCUUUGUUGACCAUUUUUUACAUUCUCAUUACCUUUUCUUUUGAUGGUGAAGGGAUGUUGUAAGGAGAAGAUUGAUGUUGGUCACUUUAUUUUCUUUCCUCCUUCAGAAGUAGGUGAAAGUUACUGCAUCAUUGCUAACUUCACUUCUCAAAACCAACAAAGCUUUCCAUUUACCUAGAGUUCUGUGGUCUUGUAUUUCUAACCACCACAUCUUGAAGCUAUAUCCUUGUUUUCGUCCAAUUCUCAAGUGUUCAAAAAAACAAACACUUCAGCUGCUGUUAUGAAUAUCCACCAGUCAGUUUCAGAUUUAAACCUUUUACUGAAAUCUCAAAGAAGUGAUCAGUAAGUAAUCGUUGCCAGCUUAUGGCACUGAACCCCAAAGGAGACAGUGCUCAUGAGCUAAAGUUGGGAAAUCUUUGUCCCACCCGUGAACGUCUUGACAGUGUUUUCAUGACUAAACAUGUUGAAAACACAAUAUCCCCUCUUCCAUGAUUGGAAAAAGCAAGUUUAUUCAGUAAUUCUCUGGACUGGGUUGUUUAAAACUGGGUUAAGAUCACCCUGGGUUAGUGCUAUAUUUUAACAAGAUUGCCACUGUUUCUUGAUCAAUGCUUAAAUAUUCAUCCGCAGAUGGUUGACUGUUGAUGGUUUAGUUAUUACUUUGCUGAAGUUAAAGCUGUUGUUUUCAGUUUUUCAUUUCCUUUUCUUCAUUCAUGUUACUCUUUCAUUCACGGUAGAUCCUUGCUGGAUCUUUAAUUUUCAGUCGUAUUCAAUUUUAAACUGGUUAUAUGUUCUUGUUCACCCCAAUAUUCGGGUAUAUCGUAAACUAGCCAUUGACUUGAAUGGGUGCUCAAUAUCAAAAUUCCUUAAAUGUCUGAAAUGUUUGAUAGAAUCUUGAAUGGUUACACAAAGGGAUAUUUUCAUCUUUUGGCUGAAAGCUGGAACAAAAUUAUAUGUCCUUAUAAUACAGUUGAACCCCGCUAUUUCGAAGAACCAAGGGAAAUGGAAAAAAAGUUCGAAAUAGCGGGGUUUCGAAAUAACCGGGGAAGCGUAAAAUUGGUAACAAUGAAUCAUUUUUUAAUAACAUACAGUACUGUAUGAAGAAAGACACUGAUUAAAUAAAAAUACAGUAAUUAUAUGUUGGAUAAAUCAGCAGAUGCUGUUGCAUUGAAAAAUCUUUGUAUGUUCUGUUCGAACUCAAAUUAAAAUGCAAUACGUUUCCAGCUGUGCUCUUAUGUACGUACUCUGUUUUUGACAAGUUCGAAAUAACGGGGUUGAUUUUAAGGUGUAGGGAAAGAACGAUGAGUUCGAAAUAGCGGGGAAUUCGAAAUAACCGAGUUCGAAAUAGCUGAUGGUAAAUGACUGAAAACAUAAGGGUAAAUCCAAGGGAAUUCGAUCUUUCUUCGAAAUAGCGGGGACUUCGAAUUAACCAAGUUCGAAAUAGCGGGGUUCGACUGUAUUGGAAAGUUAAAGACCCAGAGGUUAAACUUUACAUUGUUUUUUGUUAGCUUGGUUUAAAUUCAAUUGGAUAUUUGAGGGUAACACUGAAGAUGCAGUUUUUGAUAUGGCCGGCUGCAGUUAGAAGCUUCCUUUCACUGGAGUUUUUCAUAUUAUGCCUCCUGUUGAUGACACGUCUUUAUAUAUUUUACUGUUCAAAAUGAAAUUUAGUUUAAAAUAGUUUCAGCAUAGUUUUAGUUUCAGCUUCCUUUGUUUCGUGACCUUAGUGUUACUCACGCUUGUAAAUAAUGAAAGAACCAAAGAAAAAUGAUCAGGUUAUUGAUUUAUGUGAAUAAUAAGGGUAGGAGGCAAAGAAAAUUGAGAAUUACAUAAGCUAGAUAUUUGACCCUUUUCCUUCCUUCUUAUCUGAAAUAAGGCUGAAAAUUCUGACCUUUCAUGUUGUUCAUGUUUCGCAUCCACCAGUGAUCAGAUUUCAUUAUCCUUUUUGAGAAAAUGUGAAACUUUGACAGUUAAAACCUUUAAUCUCACCAUCAGAACAUGAAUUCUCCCUCCUCUUCCCCUACAAAUUCCCGGCCAUAGUAUACAUUUACUACAUAAGUGUAUUGUUUGAUGAUUUUUUUAUUUCUUACUGCUUCUCUGAGUGAUUAAAGUUUGUCAUAACAAGGGAGAAAUUCCAAGCUCAUAGCUAUGUAGGGGUUAUAGCUUUAAAACUUAACCAAGGUUAUAAAUUUAAAUAUGUUUUGCAUGUCAUCUGGUUUUCUGGAAAGUUACACUUAUUUCUCCCAUGGAGUAAACUCAACUUUCCUAGCCUUCUUAAGUUGGAAGAAUGGGUUUGAAAUGUUAGGAGUUCCAAAGGUCACAAGGAAAUUAAAUGUGCUUAAAAGGGAAAGUGACUGUUUUUGAAAAAGAAUCGAGCUAUAUCUCAAAUAAAAAGAAGGGAUGGUUGGUUUGGUUAAUUCUGUGAUAGCUGAUUCUCUCAAGCAGAAUAAUUUUCUCUAAAUUUUUGCUCUUGACAUAUAAUUUACAACAUUUAGGAUACAAUUUCCUUGAGGUAAUAAUUUUUAUUUACCAGGGGUGGGGGGUAGGGUCAGUUAGUAGCAAUGAAAAUAUGGAAGAACUCAUCCAGAACAAUUGUGUUAGGUAACAGCAUGGCUAGUGAACUGGAAACGUAGGCAGAUUUAGCUGACUUAAUACAGUAGGUCACUAAGCUAUCUUGAGCAAGAUGUGAUUAAAAUAAAUUUUCUUUCAUCAGCAAAAUAUGGUCAUGUCACAAGGUGGUUUACAAGUAAUUGUAUGCUUUCACUUUUCAAUAUGAAUAGCUGAUUUGAAGGAUUUCUACUGAUUAAUUUGGAGUCUGUCAUUUCAUACUUGCAUGUAUUUUUAAUCAGGGUUUCCUCAGGAUCAGGUAAUUACAUUAAGGGUCAUUUAAUUUCUUCAAUUAAUUCUGCUGUUCUCAUUGACCCAUUAAAUGGUAUAUUUGGUUUUGGAGUUAGGUUAAUUUAUAGAAGUAAGCUCUCACAUAAACCUCCCACUGUUUCGUCUCCUUUAUAUGCUAAAUCAGAUCUAAUUCUCUCAAUAUUGCUGUUAUAAUAGCUAGACGUGAACGAUUUCCUUAUCAAGUUUAGCCUGAGUGGGCAUUAAGGCCCAUAUUGGCACGGUCGAUGCAGACCACUGAGUUGAAAGACUUUACAACACUGACUUCACCCUUCUGAUAUUUUUGUUUCACUAAAUAUGUGUGGUUAUGUGGUUCACAUGUUUUACUUCAAAGUAGCAACUAGGUUCAGUAAUUAAGAAACAACCUGGACAGAACUUGACUGUAAUGCCUUGUAGAAUUUUGUCCUUGGCACCGUUGGAAAUACCAGUGAAAAAAACCGUUGGUGAGUAAGUGAGGAAGUAAUUGACUGAGUGGAAUAGCAGCUUCAUAAUUUCAAGGUCUUACUGUGGGUCAAUUUUGGGCAAUUACAUAUAGGGUUCUAGCUUUUAAGUCAUGAAUGAAAUCCAAUAAUGUGACCACUCUAAUAACACUUCUUUCGACAUACCGUAGUUUUGUCUAAUACCCUUCAUUUUUCAAUAUUCUACCACAUGAAGUUUGGGAGUUAAGUAGAAUUUUGCUGAUUGGAUGUGUACUCUUGUGAGUGGAAAGGAAAACUGUCUUGCCUAGAGUUAUGGAGAUAUGAAACAGAUUUUUAAAUUUGGACUGAAAUGAAGUGCACUUAGUCGUAUUUUAAACUGGUACUGUUUGCUUUAAAACAAUUCGAAAAGAUUAAAUUGGGAUUUUAUUUAAUUAAUUUUUCUGAUUGUAUAAUCUGGAGGGUGAAAAAAAACAUUUAUAAACGAUAUUUGGAAUGCUUCUCGGUGUUUGGAUUUCAGCACCGUUGGAAAUAGCAUUUGAUAAUUUGAGAGGCAGUCAAGUAAUUGCAGCGGCAAUAAUAUUGUUCUCGCUCAAUUUCAUCAGAUUCAGCACUUGUGAAAUGCGACGUUUGAACCGCGCCUUACAUGUAAAUCCGUUUUUUUUUUAUACAAGGUAAAAUUGUACUCAUUAGUGUUUGGUUACAACUUCUUGUGCGAGAUUCCGUUAUGCCAUUCGUUAGGUCGCUUAAGCAUGCUUUUGCUCUGGAAAAGUUCAUCUUCACCUCGAGCACGCCCAGUUGUGUCGUAGUUUUUUCAAUGUAUGGGUUAAGUGCUUUUGAAUGGCCGUUUUGAGAAGUUCCCGUAACCUGCCGUUUUAUUGAAAGUGUUCUGUACAAUUAGCUUGAAGAACUUUGACCACUUUUAAUAAUCGUUUCGCGGACAGAGACUAGAACUUGUGUACAUGUGCGCGAGUGAAAGGUGAUAAGUUUGAUGAGUGAAUUUUUUUUACUUUUCUGAUGUUGUUAUGUAUGGACGAAACAUACUACACCUAUUCACGGUCAAUUUAUUUAUUUAACUUUUUUUUCACCGUGCUUCAGGUAUGUUAUUUGAAGGACGGAGGGUUAACUAGUUUGUUGACUUACGUUCUUUAAAAAAACAAAAAAAAAACGUUUAGUAGCCUGAGAACCACUCAUAGCUUCGAUUCACAUCAGGCACAGCUUUCUUUAGGUUGUCUGCAGUGUCGUUUCUUGAGGUUUGUUUAUUUUUCGAAAAGCAUCAAAGCAUUUCUCUGUUUAUCAAUGAUGUUGUGGUUUGCAUUUUAAAUUCCACAUUUUCACUUUCCAAAAAGAAAAAAUCAUGUUUCUUGACUUGUCGCAGAAGUUUCGCUUCCUAGUGUUGAUGGGAAACUUCUUUGGUAAUUUGUUUUCUCAAGACCUUCAAUGAUUUAAACCGUUAAUCGUCUGUCUGUCGCUCUGUGAACUGAGUGAAACUCGGGAGGUCGACUUGUGGCAAGUCUAUGCGGUACCUUGCAAUUGUCUAAUAAAGCUUGUAUCACCUCCAGCUAUGUGGACGAUAUUUCCUUCGAGGUCUUUAGAUAACGGUGUUUGGGUGAGUUAGUUGCACUUUGAGUCAAGAUGUUAAAUUGCGCUUGACCACCCUGUUCGUUCGCGGAUAGACUGGAAAUAAGCCAUUAGACACUGUCAAAUUACCUCAUGACAGCAUAGAAGCUCUUUAUUUUCUUUAUCCAGCAUAAAUUCUACUGUUGCAAAAACCCGCGGGCACUCAGAGGCGUAUCUUGCCUGUCAAAGUUGGGCGGACACGUGAAUGGUUCCAUGUUAGUCGGCCAGCCUUUUUCCCGAUACGAUUCAUUUCUGGAGUCUUUCGUAGCGCGUAUUUAGCCUUCGAUCGCUAAUUUGAACGCAUUUUGUGCAAUCGCAACGGCAAAAAUCGCAGGUAAUUGAGCAAGCUGAAAAGUCUUGGUUGACAGGUGUUUUGGCAGUGAGGCACCAGUGCGUAACACUGGAAAAUAAUUAGUCAAGCUAAAGCGAGUGUAAUUGUUAAGUCAUUAUUAAGUAAUACCUGCCCGUUUCUCUUUUCUCAAUGACCUAAUGGCGUCGUUCUCUUUACGUAUGUUUGUGGUGAAAUUAGAAACUGUGGCGAGUCUUAUAGUUUGUAGAAGAACAACUGCAAAAACAACGAGGAAAUAUGAACGCGCGGUGCUUUGGAACGCGAGUGGGGCUCUUGCAAAGACGGCGCUCUCAUCUUACUGGUAAUUGUGCACCUUAAUAACUGUGUUGGCUGCCCAACAGUGCACUUGUAUGCUAUAACAGGUGGUUGUCUUCAAAGUCAACAGUCGUACUUCCAAGUUGCUGGACCUUUUUCUGCAGUUAUUAAGUUGCAAAGAAGUACCUCGACAAAACGUAUCUUGGGGUUGUUACAAGCGCGAUCAGUUUAGCUUUCUUCAGUCUCCAGAGCCUUUCAAUAAUCAGAGUUGUGUUUUGUCAUUCUUCGCUUGACUUGACAUCUUAUUAUAACUUUGAUAACAGCGAGAAAGUCAGCUUGGAUUUGUUUGUUUCCUGCAUUGAGUUAACUUUUCGUGGGUUUGAACGCUCACUUUGCAGUGAUCUUUUUGUACUGGAGUGUGGUGAGAACUUGUCAAAAGCUGCAGGCGCUCUUCCGGUUUUCUUAUUGUUGACUAUACAAUCACUUCCGGUGCCGUAGUUAUGUUUGGUACCCGCUGUCGCAUAAAGAUGUUCAACCGUCUAAGUUGUUUCCCUGGUUUCAUUCUAAGACCCUGGUGCAAUUGUUUAGCCUCAUUAUUGCCUGUUGUUGUUGUUUUUUUUUUCAAAAUUGGUGCUUGUUAUGGACGGUUCCCGUUGGUAUUUACCUAUUUUAGCGCGUUUCUCCGGGUCUUCAUUCUCCUUGUAGCUGCUAAUUGUUCCAGGUUGUCAUUAUGGGUAGUACUGUUUAUGCAACGAUAUGCGCGGCUCAAAUUCUAGCUGAAGUAGAAGCCGAUAUGCUAAGAAAAAUCAACUCCCGAUGCUGAAUUCUAAGAAUUCUUUUGAAAUCAUGGUCAAGCGCCCCACGGGCCCUUCCCCUGGAUGCGCCACUGCAGUGGGACCCCGCCUUACGACCACCCUGUUUAUACAACCACCUCGUUAUUACGACCCUAUUCUUUCGACCCAAAUGUAAAAAUCACCGAGUUAUUUUAUUUUUUUGAAGAGCUCUUUAAUACGACCACCUCGUUAUUACGACCAGGAUUUUAUGACCCAACGGUGGUCACUUUAACCCUUUAAACCUUAACAUCAAAAUUCAAAUUCUCAUUUGUUAUCCCUGUACGUGAAAACCACCAUUAAAAACCGUUUGUUGUUUGGUAAUUUGUUUUUCUCACAGGAGGACUAAAGGAAUUUUGUAGGGACUAUCAGAACUUAUGCGAAAACGUUCCGGUUAAUAUCUGCCAAUCUGCGGACUUCCCACCCUCUCCGACCACAUGUGAACCUGUCCCAGGUCGCCCUCAGGGAACGCCCGUUACGGCCAUUCUACCUUAUCUGUAUCUUGGCAACGAAGAAGGCGCCGCUGACGAAGCCUUGAUUGACAGGCUGUCAAUCAAGUACAUCCUUAACUUGACGCCGCGAUGUCCGAAUUUUUUCAGCCAGCGGCCAGACAUUCAUUAUAAGCAGAUUAAAAUACACGACUCGAAUCAAGAGGACAUCGGUCAGCACUUCGAUGAAGCAAUUCAGUUUAUUGGUAAGUUAAAAUACAGUACUUCAUUGGUGAGAAUUGGGAAACGGCGCUCUGGUAGAAACACAAGCGAUUUGGUUUUCGAGUUAAGCGCGAACCAUCUCGUGAAUUUGUCCAGAUGGACCAAAAAUGGGUGUUUUAUAAGAGAGUGCUUGCUUAUUUCAAGCUGUGAAAGGUGUAUUGCGCUAGAACAAACAGGCAUUUUGAGCCACGUAUCAAGGCGCAACUCAGCGCACCAUUUCGCCAGGAGGUAAGUUCGUUUAUGCUAACACUAACAAGCACUAUCCUAAUUGUGUGAAGCAACAAAUGGGUAACCUGGCUUUCCCAGAAGGACACGUGACUAUUUCAGACAGUUACAAGAUAAACGAACAAGUGUUUGAAAAGUUUGUUCUUGUGUGUUCUUUAGUUGAUGGGAUAUUCCUGUCUUGGUGUCAUGGCGCCUUUAUUGUUGGGAGGCCUGUGGUGUCAUGGCGCUUUGUUACUGGGAUACCUGUGGAACUGUGUCGUGUCCUCCUCGUGCAGUACUGCGAGGCACGGUUCCAAUCUGUAUCAGAAUUUCCCAGUGUAUACCGGUGGCAAACGAAGAAGAACUGAAGACAGAUGGACUUGUGUCACCGGUGAAUGAGGGAAGGAUCAAUCAUCAAAGUCAAGAAUAGAAGUCAAACAUGAGUUGGGUUACUUCGACAAGUAAUUACAAAAUUCAUUUCUCGUUAAACACGCAGUAUAUUAAACCCAUCUAAUGAUAUGGAAUACCAUGAAUUGCGAUCAAGUAACGCAACUUCGUUUCUCACGGUUUUCUUUCUUUCGCAGACGAAGCCCGUGAACACGGAUAUGGUGUUCUUGUUCACUGUCACGCCGGUGUGUCACGCUCGGCGACCGUGACAGUAGCCUACAUCAUGAAGCAACAAGGCCUGUGCCUAGGUGACGCAUACAAAUUUGUCAAGGAGCUGAGACCAGUGAUUUCGCCAAACUUAAACUUCAUGGGGCAACUCCUUAAGUACGAGAAAAACAGGAGAAACGGCGACUGUUCCUGAGGCUGUCACCAUUGGUGGCUUGUCACGUUGUUGUCACGCAUUAUGGUUGCGUUAUUUUGAUGCACGCGUGUUUGGUACAGUGUAGAUGCCGAAAUCUUACCACACACGCCUCCUUUGCAGAGGUUAUUCAACAGAGAACUGAAAACAAAGGAAACCAUUGGACCCCACUUAACGUUUGUAUAUACUACAAUCGAAAAUAUUAAGUAUGAAGAAGUAUUUAAUAAUAUAAUAUUAUCAAUAAUUUAAUCGCUUUAUCUAACAUUGGAAACAUGAAAUAGAUGGUGCUUGACCUAUCUUUAUUUUGAUAAAAGUUAGAUAAUCUUGGUAGUUUUGUAGUUUGUAGUCUUAGUUUGUAGUUUUUUUAGGUAAUCCUAAACACAAAGCAGCUCCUUCUUGAACGGGUUGGUUGCCAAACGUUGUACCAGUUGAGUUAGAUUGCUUGAACUUUUAACCAUAGCAUAUUGUUGACGGGGCUCGUAGUAUUUGUUACUCCAAAUUCUAGUUGCCAUUUCUUCAACAGGACUUUGUCAAAACGAUUUUUAACGACUUGAGAUGCAAACAAUUCGCCACUCUAGAAAAGAAAGGAGACUGGACCGAGGUAACUUUCGCAAAGACUCAUGGGACUGUCACUGGGGAGAGGGAAAAAUAUUGGUUACUAGCUCUCCUAGUCUGUCUGUCGUCACGCAACGCUCCCCUGGGGAGGGGCGUUGCGUGACGACACUAAAAGCGGCUGUAUAGUAGAGUAUGACUGUCCGGAAGUCCUUGCGAAAGCUAUCUCAGUGUAAUUUCCUUCUCGUUUCUAAAGUGACGAAUUUCCUUUCAUUCUAAGGCGACGAAACUUGCUUCUUAUCUAACCUUUGCCCUCUUAAUUCAGCGAACUACGUUGAAGAAAAUUAUAAUUUGUAGCAUCCAUAUCUGGCGAGUGAGAUUAAAAAGAUAAAUAUAGUGCAAGAGGUUAGUGGUUAAUUAAGUCCGAGUAGACAGUUUUUGUUUGAGGAGUGGAGCAUUUAGGUUUAAAGCCGCGAUUUGUACGCUGUUGAAAAGAAACUUAAGUGCGCUUGGUCUCUCAGACGCUGGUUGUCAAAUAUGAUAAGUACUGUGUACUUUUUGUCGUAGAGCAGUUUUCAGUUGAGUGUUGAAAGUAAUUCCGUGAAGGCUUUGGGUUAAUAAUUUUACGUUUUGUGACUGGCUGAAAAAUGUCACGCCAUAUUUUUCUAACCCCUGGCUUACACGUAUUUCCCGUGCUUGGUACCCGAUACGCGGGUUUGGUUCAAGUUGUGAUACUGGUCGUGUCUUGGUCUGCCGCUUUUUCCCUCGCUUGGUGAUUGAGAUGUAAUUGGUUUAUCAGGUCGUGUUUUCACGACACUCGCUGGAAAACUGCUCUAGUUACACUGGCGGUAUCGCUUGAUUCUCAGACUGUUUGACGUCGCCCGGAGGUGCGAGUGUCGCUUGGCAACGGGGGACCUUCUAAGGAUCAAGCCCAUAUAGCAAAAAUAUGAAAAAACUAAAUUAUAUGAAUUGCGUAUAUAUAUAUAAAUACUAAAGACAUAAGUCGUAACAGUAAAUACCGUUCCAGAAAGCAUUAACAUAGACCCGCGUUAUUUAAAUAUCAUACAAUGCAACCGACCAACAUACAAAAUCUUAGUACAUUUGUACUAUACAACAGGAAACAACCUGUUGCUUUCUCCUGAAUUCGUCUCAAAAGGUCAAAGAUUGGGCCUCGCUUUCAAGUCGAGGUUAACAAAUUCUUGCCGAAUCCUUUGCUUAGUGAGAAUUUACAUGGGACGACAUUUGUUUCGCCGUGAGUCGAAGGAUCUUUAAGCACAACUUUGCUACUGUGACUUGGGCUGAUAUGCCAUCUGUUUCUCUUGGUGUUUUCAUUUCAUUCAACCUUUUUUCUCUUUUUUUUUUUGGUUUCCUUUUCGCGACAGCGAAGAAAAAUAAUGCAUAAACGUGUUACCUUCUAAAUAUCGCAGAUGAAGAGCGGUUUUUUGUGACCCAAUAAGUUGCUCAGUUAAGUAUUAGGAAGUCUCCAUAUGAUCUACAUUAUAUUGUGUGGUGUGAAAACUGUAGGACAAUUUUAAAGCAAAUGUCACCCGCCUUGUGGAGAUCCACUUUUCAAAGUAAAUAGUAGUUAACAGUAGUAACAGUAGUUAACGGCUGUACCAAUAAACGUAAUACGAAUAUAUAUGACAAGUUAUUGCAAAAUAGCUCGGCAUUUUUAUACCAAUUAUAUUUUAGCAGGAAUACUACCUUCAGCUUAAACCCAGAGAUCUCCAAGUACAAGGUGAUUUACCGCUGUUAUUAGUACUGUGGGCCUAGGUAAUUUGAAUAUUUCGUUCGAAUAGUCGCACAUAAAAAGUUUAUCCAUACUCGAAAGUUAUAAUCCUAGCGCAUAUAAUAGUAAACGGCAGUCAUUCAUAUGAGUAGUCAUAGGGGCAUAAUAGACUUACUAGCAGGAACGUAUUCUAAAACAGCUGUUAGGAAAGUGAGCUUCAACUCUUUUAAGUGCCAGCAAUAUUGUUCAGUAUCACAUUUGCCUUUAAUUCCCAAAAAUGAUCAACUUCAAUAUUCUCCUAACAACUUCAAUACAUAAUCAAGAGAAAAAGUUUCUGAGAAUUAACAAAAUUAUCACCUACAGGAAAAUCCUUUAAUCUAGUAUCGAAUUCUCUCAACUUUAUCUUUAAUGAAAUUUAUGGAGAUCAGUGUGGAGAAUUUGUAUGUGUAUAUUGGGACAUGUUAAGACGUUCAUGAGAACUGACUACUUGAACAACAUUGGUUAAAAAAAAUGCAACAACUAUCACUGUAAGACUGAAAUUUUAGUGGACCAUUGAGAAGUUUUUUUUUGAGCUAAAACUGGCUAAAGAAUUUAUGACAUGCUAGUGUUACAAGGAUUGGUCCUGUUCGUUAUUGUCGACAGUAAAAUCCCGAGAAUUUUUCAAGGUUUCGUACAUUUUCGUUUGUGUUUUUAAUCAUUGUUUUAUCUCGUGUUUUAUUUCUGAUUUCCAGACACAGGCACAAAUUUAAAGUUCGCCGAUUAAUUUACGCUUAGACGAAACCGUUGUGUAGAAAUGUCAGGUUGAUGUUUUGUAAUGAUAGGUUAUGCCAGCAAAUGUGUUGAUUUUUGCAAUAAAACUGAGUGAACCUUCUAUGUUUGCUUAUUGGU